AUGGCAGACAUUAACGCUGCUGUGCGUGCUCUCUCUCCAGUUGCUGCCAGAGUCCUGGAGGGCAGCUCUCACUGCAGAGCAGCAGGACUGGAUCAGCCGGGUGCUGUUUACCAGGGACAGCUCGGGGAGGCCUCGGCUCAUCACCAGCGAACUCACUCUCUGGUGGUACCCUCCCCAGCCCCUGCCGAUCUAUACUGCCCCCAGCCUUUGUGCAACGGGUCCAUGACAAAGGGUGGGCUGUACAGGACCAUCCGGAGGGUCCUGGACAUUGACGGCUGGUAUCUCAUGGCCACUGAGUACCUAGAGUGCCGUCAGUCUGAGGUCUCGCACUCUCGGCUGUACAACACCCUGCGGGAGCUGCACUCGGACUCCUGGAUGCGGAGAGCAAUCGAGGACCUCGGCAUCUGCGAGCAGUUCCUGGCCUUGAGGGGGCAGUUUCCACCACCUCCUCAGAUGCCCCCCGUACCGUCCCCCGUCUGGCUGUUGACCGUCUACAGCUACGACGUGCUGACCCGGCUGGACGAAUACAAGGCCAGGAUCACGUCCACCUUCGGGUCCAUCUUGAAGAUGGACUCCACCAAGAAGGUGACGAAGAAGCUCGCAGGUGCCGCCUCAGACACGGCCGCCUGGGUGACCAACGUGGGUAACCAGUACGGGCAGGUCCUCAUCAGCGUCCUCACCUGCUCUGAGGGCUCCGAGGGCCUGUCCAGGAUGGCGGCCGGACUGAUGAGGCGGUACCGACUUGCCGGGGUACCUGCCCCCCAGCUCAUUUAUGUAGACCGUGACUGCUGCAACCGGAACGGCGUGUCGAAGACGGCUGCCUUGUUUCAGGAGUGGGGUCAGCUCGUAGUCAGGCUCGACAUCUGGCACCUGAUGCGACGCUUCGCGUCAGGUGUCACCACGGAGAGCCACGGGCUGUACCCCAUCUUUAUGAAGCAGCUGUCUCACUGCAUCUUUGAGGUGGAUGCCGGAGAUGCACGCCGUCUCUCCGAGGCUAAGCGGUCCGAGCUGGAGGGGAAGCACGGGAUGGUCGACCUGACUGACGCCGAGGUGAUCCAGCGGAUCUCCAGGGAGGAGUGGAGGCUCCACUGCAAACAGAGGACGCAUGGAGCCGAGGAGACGGUGCUCCUCAUCCAGGACCUCCUCGACACCUUCGGCGGACCAGCAGGACGCGACACCCUGGACGUCCCGUUGCUUGAUGCUCUCCGCAUCCAGGACAUCUGGAGCACGCAGAGGCGCCACCUCAGCUGCAUUCAAGACCCACCGGGGGUGCGGCUUUACACCGAAACCGGCAGGCUGACCAAAGGCGGGGUCAGCCUGCCGAUCUACCGCUGCGCGAGGGGCUCCACAUCUCUGGAGUCCUUCCACCUCCACCUCAACCGGUUCAUCCCAGGGACGUCGGCCAGCGCAAAACAUUUCCAGGCGUUCCUGGUUGAUGGACUGGUGAGGUGGAACGAAGACCGCGCAGCAGCUGCUGCACCUCCGGUUGCAGAUGAGGGACUGGUGACGCCUCUGCACUCCUACAGUGGCCACCUCAAGCACGCCCUUAACCUGAAGAGCCAAAGGGUGCUUGGCCUUCAGAUGGUUAGGGAUUUCACGAAGCCUGCUGCGUACACAGGGGAGCUCAUCGGGGUGGAGUACCUGUACCAGCAGACGGGUUGCGUGCUUGAGGAUGUCAGCUUGGACCCUGACACUCCGGACGAGGCUGCUGCUGUCACCACGCUGGAGGAGGUGGACGAGGGUAUAGAGGAAGACUUGGAGGACCCCACCAUCUUUGGGCCAGCUACCCUCUCCACCCAUGCAGCAGCUCGGUCAGGUGAUCCAGCUGACGCUCCCAGGUCUGAGCCAUCCGGUCCGGCCGCCCCUACCCGACAUGCCUCUGCUGAGGCUCCUGGAAGCCCGACUCCUGCUGAGGAGGAGGUCCAGGGUCCUGAUGGCCAGCCAGGAUACCAGCACGUCCUGAAGCUGGCCAAGGCCCUGGUGGAGGUCAGGAGCCUUCAGGGUCUACCAGACAGCAGGGUAGACAGGCUCAUCGCGCUCUGGCAAACCCUGCCAGAGGGCGAUAAACAGCGAGUCGUCUACCCUGCCAGACACCAGGAGAGGCAGACCAAGGGGCGGUUCAAGGCAGCCAAGGGGAAGAACACCUCCUGUCCUGGGAAGGAGAGUCUCCAACGCUGCCUGCUCGGACAGACCUCGGGCCCUGCAAACUGGCCAGAUGCAAGUCGUCUGGUGGAGGCCGUUUGCAGCCAGCUCUGCCGUCUGCAUCCCGGGGCCACGCGCACGGGAGGGACCCUGAAGACUCGGUGGUCCCUCAUCCUGGCGGACUACGUGGCCAUAAGAGGGGUGGUGCUGGCGAGCCCGAGGCUGAUGGCUCAGACCGACAUUCAGCUGUACGAGUUGAACCAGAGGACUCUGUCGCAAUGGUUCACAGGGAGACAGAGGAAGUGGGGGAGGGCCAUUCUGGAGCAGGGAUCUGGCGCCGUCCCUGCUCCAGCCAUCGCCAGCGAGCCCUUACCCGCUGCAACAGGGCUGUCCUCGGUUCAGGUGGGACAAGGACAGCCCUUUCACUUUGACAUCCCUGAGGAGGAGCCAGGUCCAUCCUCCAGGGGUCUGCCUCCUCCUCCUCCUCCUCCUCCUCCACCUCAUUCUGCUCCUGUGUUGGCACUUCCUCCCUCCCUCACUCCUCUCCUGGCUCAAGAUAAUCGGGCUGCGCCGCCUCCUCUUCCGGUACCCAGGACCACAGCCUACAGGAAGAGGAAGGCGGCGGCGGCUGCAGGAGAGGAGCCUCCACCUGGAGCCAGACCCCGCCAGCAGCCGCUGCAGUACACGUGCAGAAAGUGUGGCCAGCCAAAGAGGCUGGACACUGGCCACACUCGAAUUGCAGGUGUGGCGUACUGCGCGGCUGUUGGUGGAAAGACUGUGGACAAGUGGAGGGAGGAAAUGAGGAAAAAAAAGGACUAA